AUGAAUCGACCACCCCCACCGCCGAUCGCUCUCUCCGCGGUGUUCAUCGUCAACCUCCGCGGGGACGUGCUCAUCGAACGUCAGUAUCGAUCUGACAUUUCUCGGGCGAACAUCGAUAUGUUCAAGACGGAAAUAUUAUCGCUCUCUGCAUCGUCUUCGUCUCCAUUCUCGGGACGGAAAUCAUCGAACGGUUCGAGUAAACGGAACGCUUCGACGACGUCUUCGAAAGUGGACGUGCAAUCCUUACCGCCGAUACGAAUCGUCGGACAAAUUCGGUUCAUGUUCAUUCGAGUCGCGAAUGUAUACGUAUGCGCGGCGACGAAGUUGAACGUGAACGUGUCCAUGUGCUUUGCGUUUUUGAAAAGUGCGAUCGGGACCUUUCAGUCGUACUUUGGGAAAGUGAACGAGAACAACAUCCGGGCGAACUUUGUGUUGAUGUACGAGUUGUUCGACGAGAUGUGCGAUAACGGGUACCCGCAGAUUACGUCCGCGAAUGUUUUGAAAGAGUUCAUCACGCAGAAAGCGUCGGUGAUGGAUAUCAUCGAAGGGAAAUUAAAUAAUAAAGGAGACAACGGACAGAUGAAGUCGUCGAAGGACGAGAAAGAAGAGGCGAUGAAUAAAUUAGCGAGAGCGAGGCAGACGACGGCGCAGAUGACCGGGUCAGUGCAAUGGAGACGGCCUGGAUUGAUGUAUAAGAAGAACGAGGUUUAUUUAGACGUGAUUGAGACUAUUUCGUGCGUGACGCAAGCGAACGGCGACGCGUUGAGAGCCUCGUGUAGCGGAAGGGUGGUAUUGAACGCAAAGUUGAGCGGCAUGCCUGAGUUGAAGAUUGGAUUGAACGAUAGUUUAGGCGACGAGGCAAAAGGUGGUAGGAAUAACCCGAACGCCGUUGACGCCGGAGGGGAUGGUAAGGAUAUGGAUUUCCGAGGGAUGCCCUCUUUAGCGAAUAAACGAAAAACGAUCGAUUUAGACGACUUACAGUUUCAUCACUGCGUGAACCUCUCGAAAUUCGCCAGCGAUAAAGUCGUCUCGUUCGUACCACCCGACGGUGAAUUCGAACUCAUGAAAUAUCGAGUGUCUGAAAACGUUUCGAUUCCGUUUAAAGUCAUCGCCAUGGUGAAAGAAUUAGGGCGAACGCGAGUCUCCGUGGACGUCAUGUUCAAAUCGGUGUUCGCGGAGAAAACCGUCGCGCAAGAAAUAAGAGUCCGCAUACCGGUCCCGCCAAACACCGCGAAAGUGAAAGUCUUGUGUUCUGGGGGCAAAGCUCGAUACUUAGCCGGAGAGGAGUGCUUGCGAUGGAAAAUAAAAAACUUACCGGGAGGGAAGGAAAUUCGAUUACAAGCCGAAGUCAUGCUCGUCGGCUCGAUCAAAGACGACGCGGACGACAAGAAAUCCGGAGGGAAGAAAAAAUGGUCCCAACCGCCUUUAAACGUCCAAUUUUCCUUGCCAAUGUUCACCGCCUCCGGUCUCCGCAUUCGCUUUCUCAAAGUGUGGAGCAAAGAAGGAUACGAAGCUACGAAAUGGGUUCGCUAUUUAACCACCGCCGCGUCGAGCGGUCACCAAGGCGCUUCGGCCAAGCUCACCUCGAGCGAGCGAAAGAAAAUGGGAGAUUUCGAGGUUCGCGUGAACAGCGACGGGAACAACAACAACAUUUAUAACGAUAACGGCGAAAACUCCGUCUUAAACGAUAACAUCGGGCGGUUGAGGAUUUCGAAUUGA